AUGUCUAUUGACCUCGGCCGACGUGCAACCGUCCGUUUUUCUCACUGGUCGUCACUAUAUCGAUGCAAAUCUAUGGACGGAAAGUUUUCAAUAGCCUGGUAUUCAACUAGAGUUGAUCGCAAUGGAUCUACUGGACUGGCUAGAACCUACUCUCAGGUUCGUGUUACGAUCAAAGGGUGGGUAAAGAUGCGUGGACGUUCGAAAUGGGUGAACUACGUUUCGUACGACUCAUUCCGAACACCCGCAGCCUCGCCCACCCACACCCUAUAUUCUGUAGUGACUGAAUACGGGGCCUCCUGGCAUUCAACUAGAGUUGAUCGCAAUGGAUCUACUGGACUGGCUAGAACCUACUCUCAGCGUCUUCGUCUGACACGAGAACUUUUACUCAAAAAACUAUUUGACACACAUAUGUUCGACGCGUCGUCAAUUGGGCUUGGACAUCCCAUUGCCACCCGAAUUUCCUGA